GCACCAUGACCGUUGCCACGGGCGACACCUCGGACGAGGUGGCGGCGACGCACCCGCAGGACUACGACCCGGACGCCGACCACGAGUGCUGCGAGCGCGUGGUCAUCAACAUCUCGGGGCUGCGCUUCGAGACGCAGCUCAAGACCCUCUCGCAGUUCCCAGAGACGCUGCUGGGCGACCCCAAGAAGCGCAUGCGCUACUUCGACCCGCUGAGGAACGAGUACUUCUUCGACCGCAACCGGAUCAGCUUCGACGCCAUCCUGUACUACUACCAGUCGGGCGGCCGCCUCCGCCGGCCCGUCAACGUCACGCUGGACAUCUUCUCGGAGGAGAUCCGCUUCUACGAGCUGGGCGAGGAGGCCAUCGAGCUCUUCCGGGAGGACGAGGGCUUCGUCAAGGAGGAGGAGCGGCCCCUGCCCGAGAACGAGUUCCAGAGACAGGUGUGGCUGCUCUUUGAGUACCCCGAGAGCUCCGGCCCGGCGCGCAUCAUAGCCAUCAUCUCCGUCAUGGUCAUCCUCAUCUCCAUCGUCAGCUUCUGCCUGGAGACGCUGCCGGUGUUCCGCAACGACGAGGAUGAGGGCCACACCACGGUGUUCAACCCCGAGACCAACAGGACCACCCACCACUACACCUCCACCUACUUCACCGACCCCUUCUUCAUCCUGGAGACCCUGUGCAUCAUCUGGUUCUCCUUCGAGUUCCUGGUGCGCCUGUUCGCGUGUCCCAGCAAGGCGGGCUUCUUCGGGGACAUCAUGAACAUCAUCGACAUCGUGGCCAUCAUCCCGUACUUCAUCACCCUGGCCACCGAGCUGAUGGAGAAGCCCGAGGACGGCAUGGCGGGCCAGCAGGCCAUGUCCCUGGCCAUCCUCAGGGUCAUCCGCCUGGUGCGGGUCUUCAGGAUCUUCAAGCUGUCCCGCCACUCCAAGGGGCUCCAGAUCCUGGGCCAGACGCUGAAGGCCAGCAUGCGGGAGCUGGGCCUGCUCAUCUUCUUCCUCUUCAUCGGCGUCAUCCUCUUCUCCAGUGCCGUGUACUUCGCCGAGGCCGACGAGCCCGUGUCGCAGUUCGAGAGCAUCCCCGACGCCUUCUGGUGGGCCGUGGUGUCCAUGACGACGGUGGGCUACGGCGACAUGGUGCCCACGACCAUCGGCGGCAAGAUCGUGGGCUCGCUGUGCGCCAUCGCCGGCGUGCUCACCAUCGCGCUGCCCGUGCCCGUCAUCGUGUCCAACUUCAACUACUUCUACCACCGCGAGACGGAGGGCGAGGAGCAGGCGCAGUACCUUCAGCCCAAGGUGGACUCCCAGGAGGAGCUGAAGGGCAGCCGGAGCGGCUCGCUCGUCAGCAAGUCCGACUACAUGGAGAUCCAGGAGGUGGUGAACAACAGCAACGAGGACCUCCCGGAGGAGAACCUCAAGACGGGCAACCACACGCUGGCCAACACAAACUAUGUCAACAUCACCAAGAUGCUCACCGACGUGUAGGAACAUGAGCGGUUGACGGUCGCGCCCGUGAAGGCCGGAAGCCGUCGGACCGGUGGGUCCGGUUGCACCCCCCCCCCCCCCCCCUCCAUCCCCUUCCUCCCUGACUCAUAUAUGCUGGAUUAUCAAGGCAAUAGGAUCGUGAUGAGAUAAAGACUAAUUAAUACAUCUGCUUACCC